CUGUAGUCGUUGGUAGAGUGGAGCGCCCGUCUGGUCGCGGCGGGUCUCUAUGGUGGCAGCUGGACUGUACCAUUGAGCUGAGCGGCGGGGGUGCAGUGCCGGUGCCGGGGCUGUGACAGGAAGAUGGCGCAGGCUCUGUCAGAGGAUGAGUUCCAGCGGAUGCAGGCCCAGCUGCUGGAGCUCCGAACCCAAAACUACCAACUAUCAGACAGCUUGCGGAAAAACAACCAGGAACUCACGUCUCUUCGUCAGAAACAGGCGUCUCUGGAGAAAGAGUUUUUCAAAGCUCAGAAGGCACUCAGUAAAAGCAAGAAGGCCCAGGAGGUGGACGCGUUGCUGGGGGAGAAUGAGAUGCUGCAGGGAAAGCUGCACAGUCAGGAGGACGAUUUCCGGCUGCAGAACAGCACGUUGAUGCAGGAGCUGUCCAAGCUGUGUUCCCAAAUUGAACAGCUGGAAGCAGAAAACCAGCAGCUGAAGCGGGGCGGCUCACCUCCGGACGGCGUCCCCGGGGCGACGGAGGGCGAGAUGAGGCGCCUCCAGGCUGAGAACACCGCGCUGCAGAGGACAAUUGGCUCACUUCAGGACCAGCACGAGAAGGAGAUCGCAGCACUCAGGAGCCAGGAACCUCAGGCCAACGGGCUCCGCACCUCACACACAGGUCCUGGGGGGGAGAGCGAGACCUCGGAUACACAAGCUGAUGGACAGGCUCCGCAGGGGCAGGAUGGAGAACAAUCCAAUACCUGGGAACCGAGAGAGAACAACCUCCAAGGUAUAACACUCAAGUUAGCAACACAGACAGAAGAGAACAAGCUGCUGAGAGACCAGAUAGAGACUCUACAGGGGGAGAUCUCCAAGGUACAAGAGGAGAACACAAAGAUAUCUGAAAAAUUAAAGAAGAAGCAUGACAGUUAUUUGCGUCUCCAAACGGACAAGGAAGCUCUGUACAAUGACAGCAGGACGAAGAUCGAGGAGAUCCAGCAGAGGAAAGAGGAGGAGCUGAAGGCUCUGACCUCACGCAACCAGAAGAUGCAGCAGGAGUUGCAAGCGGCUCAGCAGAAUUGUGCCGAGCUGAAGGAGCAGAUUCAGAACCUGAAGCAGGACCACGAUAAGGCUCUUCAUGGUCUGCAGGAGCAGGUAGCCUGGCAGAGUGCGGAGAGCCAGGAGCAGGUUGACAACAUUCUGUCAGAGAACGAUGCCUUGCGCACCAAUCUAGCGGCCUUGGAGCAGAUUCAAACCUCUAGAACCCAGGAGCUCAGUUUACUGCGGGACCAAACUUCAGCGCUGACGGCGGAACUGCAGCAGCAGCAGACUGAGAGGGAGGGGCUCCUGGCGCUCAGAGAGGACCUGAAGACUCAACUCCAGGAGUCCAGCCGUGCGAAUAGCCGCCUGGCGGAGCAACUGCUGGAGCAGAAGCAGGAGAUGCAGCAGUUACAGCAGGACCUGGACGAGGCCCGCAAGAGCGCAGACAAGAGAAAAGUCAUGCUGGACGAGAUGGCCAUCGAGAUGCAGCAGGAGAAGGCACGGCACAAGGAGGAGGUGGGCAACAUUAAGCUCCAGCACGAGAAAGAGGUGCUGAGCAUCCGCGCCAAAUAUGAGAAGGAGCUGAGGGAGCUUCACGAAGGGAAGAACCGCGGGGAGGAAGACCUGCGGGUCCAGCUGAGGGACGAGAAGGCCCGCUGCAGAGAACUGGAAGGAUUGCAGCAAACUACAGAGGAGCUGCGCUUACAGAUUCAGUCACUAGAGGGAACCAAAGGGUGGUUUGAGCGACGGUUGAAGGAUGCGGAGGAGACAGUUGAGCGGAACCAGCUGCAGCACCUGGAGGACUUGGCCAAACGGCGGGAUGAACAUUCUGCGGAGCUGCAGGUGAAACAACACGAGCUGGAGACACUCAUGGGGCAAAUAAAGGCUUUUGAGAAAGAGAGAGAGAGUUUUAAUGAGACAAUAGAGCAGCUGAGACAGGAGGUAAAAGAUACAGCGGAUGGACAGAGAAUCUUGGAGAAGAGAGGGAGUGCAGCUCUAAAAGACCUGAAAAGACAACUGCAUCUGGAGAGGAAGAGGGCGGAUAAGUUACAGGAACGUCUGCAAGAGAUUCUCACCAACAGUAAAACACGGACAGGCUUGGAGGAUUUGGUGUUGGCUGAGAUUAGUUCUCCCAGCCGGACACAGACUGGAGAUAGCAGCAGUGUCUCCUCCUUCAGCUACAGGGAAAUAAUGAAGGAGAACGCAACUCCCAGCAGCAAUAAGUCUAAUAGUGGAAGCCCCCAGUCCCAGCCACAGAGACCGGUGGAGCUGUCUGAUGAGGAGGUGUCUGAAUUGUUCCAGAGACUUGCCGAAAUUCAGCAGGAAAAAUGGCUGCUAGAAGAGAAGGUGAAACACUUAGAAGUGAGCAGCGCUUCCAUGGCGGAGGAUCUGCGUAGUAAGAGCGCCAUUAUCGAGACCUAUGUCAUGGACAGCAGGAUAGAUGUGUCCGCCACCCACGGGCAAGUAGACCGCAGCAGCCUUGGUAGUGUUCUCAGGGACCUGGUGAAACCUGGUGAUGAAAACCUGAGGGAGAUGAACAAAAAACUACAGAACAUGUUGGAGGAACAGCUGACCAAAAACAUGCACCUCCAGAAGGACCUAGAAGCCCUCUCACAGGAGAUCGUCCGACUCAGCAAGGAAUGUGUGUCGGCGCAUGAGACCCUCCAGACUCCCUCCAAAAGCUGAAGACUGGACUCUGGUUCCUCGUCGACGAUCUCAGAUUUUGAACUAGCAUAGCCCCACCUCCUCAAUUCCCGUUCCCCAUUACAUCCGCAUCUUCUCCUCAAUCCUAGUCUUAAUCCUGCUUGUGCAUUCCAUGUAUGUGUAUGUCCGUCUGCCUCCUAACAGCCUCUUCUCAUCCGUAUGCCGCGGAGUAAGGGUGGGUUCCAAGUUACAAUGUACAGGAGAUUUGCACAGAUCUGAAAUAAUAUAUACUGUAGAUAGGCCUCACUGCAAACAGUGUCCUUACUCUAAGCUCCCUUUUUAUUCUGCUCACCCCUACAGAAGUGGUUAUUUUAUAUUGAUGUUCCCUACCCACUGCCUCUUAAACACAAUGUCCUCCCAGCUUCUACUAUGUCCAUGGUGUUGACCAUGUAUGACCCCUGUGGACCUUCCACCAUACAUCGUCCAUGCAACAUAAACCAAGGUUACUCAGACUUUUCUAGGUGUCCCCAGCACGCCAUGUUAGCAGAACUUCCUUAAUCAUGCCUCGGUGAAUUGAUAUAAUGGACUGAUCAGUAAUUAGGGGUGAGCUGCAGAAGCGGUUAGCACCACCAAAUGCACAUGUGGCUGUUGCAGGAGAUGUGCGGUGUUCAGGUCCGCCAGUCACGGAAGGCCCAUAUACUAGUCCCAGGAUUACGUGAUUUGGACCUGUAGACCCCUUUUGUGAGGCUCUGUCCAGCUAGGGUGUUUUUGGAGGGUAUCUGAAGUACUUUAUGGUUCAUGUUCUCUCCAAACACACCUCGUGCUCUAGCUCAAUUGGGAUUUAAAAACGUAAGCGCCUGCUUUGUUCAGGAAUGGCUAUGUGCAGACAUGGUGUAUCGGGACAGACCUAGCCUCAUUUGAGCCUGCAUGCUCCCACGCUGAGGUCCACAAGCAUGGUCUGAAACCCACAAUCUCAUCUAGGCCGAACCUUGAGGUUCAUGUUCUGUAUAUCGUGGGAGGCGCUGCACCGUCCGCAUAGAGUCAGGCUCUGCCUGGCGUGAGGUUCUCCUUUAUAUAUAAUGCACCUUGUAAAAUGACUUGUAUAUAUCAUCGUGUGUGUAAUUGUUAGUCUGUGUCUUACCGCAAGGAAGGAGCGGGACCCUAUUUACACUGGAGACGUGUUAUCGGUGGCCGGUCAGCAGUGACAGAUGUGUAUUUUAAUGACUGUUUUCUGGACACUUUCCUUUCUUUAUAAAAAAUAAAGGGCAGCUGUGCGCCGAGCUAGGCGGUGGCAGCGUGAGUGCGGUGAGCGCACGGCGGCGAUCACGUAGGGAUGCGACUCUUAAGCAGCCAUAUUGUAACGUCAUGCAUGCCACCUGCCAGCACAGGACUGCAACAUGUACAUGACUGGAAAUAAAGUGUUAUCUAUUCAGA